AUGAGCAUGAGCGUCAAAAAAAAGGUGACAGCUAAAGUCAACUUUAAAGAUCAGAACUUAGAGUAGAGUCACUUCGAAUUUAUUAUUGAGAAUGCUGGUCUCUCAAAGUUUAGGACUUUAAAGCUCUUCAUUAUUUUAACUUCAAAUUUUAAAUAGAUGUAUAAUUUGGACAUUAUAAUCCCUAAGGCCAAUAAAUCAGAGGAAUUCGCCCCAUUGAUUUAGAUAGCUGAGAAAGAACUUGAAAAUUUCGAGUAGGAAGAGAACAAUGGAGUUACUGAAGAGGAAUUCAAGCAGUUUGUCAAAGAUGUAUAUUAACAGACUCUGAUAGAUAUUGUCAAUGAGGGGUGUUCAAGUGAUGAAGAUGAAAACCAAAAAUAAGAAUAAGACGAUGCAAGUUAAGUCAGUGAAACCACUGCCUAAAAAGAAUACAGCUAUAAUAGAAAGCUAAAUAUAGUUGAUAAUCUAGGAUAAUUUGAAAGAGUAUCAACUCAAACGAGAGAGUAACUGCUGAAAGGAAAUAAGAAUUCCAGACUGAGAAUAUUCCAGCAUCCCUUCUGCUAUCUCUCAGUAACAUAACUGACUAGAGAUCUUUUAUUUAAAUCCUUCAGUAGUCUAGAAGUAUAUUAGCUUUAUAGUUAAAAUGGCCAAAUACUAGAUCAUUUUCAUGAAAUUCCAAAUAAUCAGAAGUAUGCAUUUUUGGUUGACUUUGAAACAUCCACAAAAGAAGGUGAGAAACUUCAUAAGUUCAUUACAACAUUCAACCCUGAUGUUGAAGAUCCAGUAAUUAAGCUUAAUAAUUUGCUUGAAAAUUUCCCAGUCUCAAGGACAAGAGAACUAAAACUUAAUGCGUUUAGAAUAAGAGAAGCUUUUUUCGAUGAUGAUGAAGAUUUAAAGGCUGGUAGAAAGAGAAGGUUUAAAGAAUUGCAAAUCAGAAUCAAGAAAAGAAUUAGGGAGUUAUAUAAGGGAAAUCCACAUGCAAAGAUUGAGUCAUCAAUCCCAGUUUUACCUUAAAUGCCAAAAAUGAUAGCGUCUGCCGUUGGUAAAAAUAGAAUGCUAUUCAAAGAUGUAAAUAAAGAAAGAGCUAAGAACUAUAAUAAAGAGAGGAAGGAUGAGCAAUUGAAAUUCAAUGAUAUUAGAUUAACUCCACCUGAAACUUCAAGGAACAUCUCUCCUGAUCAAUUUAAGGGCGCUUAUAAGACUACAUUACCAAAGAUAGAUUAAUCAAGACAUGGCCACUCUGUAGGUGCAAACAAUAGUUUGAAUCAUCAUUCAGGCAUGCUUAACAAUUCCUAGAGUGUAAGCACCUUGUUACACACCUCCAAAAAAACUGCAGAUAUCGGAAAGCAUGAUGGUAACUAUGAUCUUGAUGAGAUGAAAGACUUUUUUAUGAAACAUUACAACAAUUCAAAUGAAUACCAUGAAAAGCUCUAGUCUUUGAACCUAAGAUUACGAGAAAAGCAAGGAAAUUUAACAGCAAAACCCGGCACAACUCUUAAUAAUACUAAAUCUGUCCCAAAUCUGAGAAGUAUUAAAGGAAAUCAUACUAUUGGAGAGACACUAGCUUAAAUGGGGCUUUAAAUUCCUAACUAAAAGACCUUUAAAAUGAAUUCAAAUCUUAAUUCAGCAAAUAGCUAAACAUCUGUUUCAACUAAAGCAUCAAUAAUAUAAAUGAAUAAGAAAAGACCAGUUGAACUCAUGAGUCUAAAUCAAUAGUUGGUAACUAAAAAUAAAAGAUAAAUUAGUAACUUCCUAUAUAAUAAAAGCAAAUUCAUAAGAAACCUGAUUCUAUCUAAUACAUACUUAAGUGGAUAUCUUAGCUAAUUCUCAUAUAACUUUGAUGACAUUGAGUAGAUCUUUAGAUUCCAUUAUUUGAUGAUUAAGUCUCAAGAGGAAAACAUAGACAUUGGAAAGGUAUAAGUUGGCGUACACCAUCUUGAUUCUAUAAAUGAAAAUGAUUUCUCUAAUUACAUUAACAAAUUUGUGCAAUCCGAGCAACUCAUAGAUUUCAAAACCCUUUUAGCUAACUUUAAACAGCUUAGAAAGAUCAAUAAAAACAUCUUAGAGAUCAUUCUGAAAAUACUUUAAGUGAAAUUGAUGGAAGUAGAUAGCAAAAAUGAAAAUCAGCCUAGAAUGAAAGUCGUUGAUUUGGAAGGGUACUUGAAAUUAAGGUACUUUUUCAUAGAUAAAAAAGCAAGCAAGGAAGAAAAUAUUUAACUAAUUGGAAAUGUAAGCUGA